CGAAGUUAUGUUCAGUUCCCUCCAAAUCCAAAUGUUCACUCAGUCAUUUGAAAAUCGCUGACAUGUCAAGUUAAGUUACUGAUUAAGUGUUUAUUAAGUUUUUGAGAAAAUGAAUGAGCUUUCACCUAGGCGUUUUCCAAGAAGCCCAAUUGUCCCACCUAAAACUCCACCGCAAUGGAAAAAACCACAAGAUGUCAUGAGAGAGAGAAAAAUUCGCUUAAAACAGAAUGCUUUAUUAGCUAGAAUUAACAGAAGUCCUUCUCAUGAUAUAUCUGCAAAUGUGUCUUCAAAACAUUCCGUUAAACGGAAAAAUCCCUUUUCAAAGUGCAAAGAAGUUAAGGAACCAGUUUUAAAAAGAGUUAAACCUGAGCCUGAAAUACCUGCAGAGACUUCAUUAUUAGAAAUUCUGGGUUUCAAUGAAUCUAAAGACUUGGAAACAAAUUUAAAUUUGCAUACUUGGGAUCGUUCAAGAGAUGUAAUUGAGAAUGAGGAAAAUGAUAUUAAUGGAAGCUCAUUUCAAGCAUUACCUAUUGAUUGGACUUUAAGAACUAAAAUGAGGUUUAUUUCACUUAAACCUUUUCCUUGGACCCAGAUGCUCAAGACCUGUGAGGAAGCAUCUGGUAUUACAGGUGUUCUCCACAUUUCCUCCAAGUUUGGGUCAAAUCGAAUGUGCCGUUUUCAAACUAUCGGCAUAUUAAAUAACACAUUUCCUGAUCUGAAAGUGGAUAAGUUUGUUCGUUGCUUGGAGUUCAAUAAUGAGAGGAGUGGUGCAGGUCUUGACAGUAGUCCUAAUUCUCGGUUUCACCAGAGUUGCCUUUUUUGGCAGCAUCCACAAUUGCCUUGGCUGGAUUUGUAUCCUAGACAUUCUUUGAGAAGAGCUGAUAAACCACUGUUUCCUGUUUCAUCGACUGUCAAAGAAGCUUUGUAUAAGGAUUGGUCAAAUAGUUUUCGUUCUCUUUUUCAGCUGGUGCGCACCAGGCAUUGUCCUUAUUUUUAUAUGGUAGCAAAUACUUUCACAUGCUUGUUUCGAGCUGCUGGAAUAAAUGGAAUAGGAGAAUCAACAGCUUAUGUUUGUCCCACUUCUGGAGGUUUCCGAAAACUGCUAAGAAAAGAAGGAAUCAAUUUCUCAAUGCCCCUAAGAGAGAAUAAUAAGAAGAGGAGAAGUAAUGGAGCCUCUGAAAAUGAAGAUGAAGAAGAGGAAGAAGAAGAAACUGAGGAAGUUGAACAAGAGGAAGAUGAAAGAGAAGAAACAGAUUGGCUAGCUAGUCUUGGCAUAGCAGAAUCAGAAAUAGGAAAAAUUAAAACUGCGGAGGAAGCUUCCUUGCUGAAGACAGGAGACAAAAACGAUGAUUCACUUGUUGUAGUGGAUGGUUGUGAGGUACAUGCUCUUUUUAAUUUUUUAAUUAAUUGUAAAUCUGCCAUAGCUACUACUGGACCUCUAGCAGGUAUACCUCCAACACUUAUUUCUCCAGUUGCUUUUACAGGAGGAUCCCUUUCAUCCCUGAAGGUUAGAGAAAGCACAGUGAAACAAGACAAUGAAAGAUUUUAUACAAUUGAAGUAUGUGGACCAAUACUUCCGAAUACAGUCCAAAAUUUGUGCAAUAUACUUCAAGAAAACCUUGAGACUUUUUCAGUAACAUUUGCGAAUGUUGAUUUCACCAAAGCAUACACUCUUUGCAAAGGUCCUAAUGAAACAAUUACAAAAUCACCUUCAAAGCAAUCAAAUACAUUUAAUAUGGAAAGCCUCAAAGAUUCUGGUUUAGAUUCCAAAUUGCUUGCAGCAUUUUGUUCUGAAAACCUCCAUGCAUUUGACAGUGUUAGAUGGAAUAGAAAUUCUUUUAUGAUUCUGUGAUUUAGUUUUUUGUUUAAUGUUUUCAUUCAUGCUAAUUGUUUAUGUAUAUAUUUUUAGGUCAAUAGACUUUGUGUAUGUUCUUACAAUUGUGAUAUUUAGACAAAACACUCUUUACAAUAAUUUAACCUACUGAUAUAAUGUAAAUAUAAAUUUAAAUAUUAUUAAAUUUAAAUUUAACUCUCCAUCAGAUUUCUUUUACUU